CUGAAACAGAUUUCUAUAUCUCUAUAUGCAGAACGUUUUCAUUACACAUGUUUAUGCUUUCGUGGAUUUAGACGUCUUCACCCUUGGAAUCUUGCUACUUUGGGCACAAACCCUCUGACAGGAAAGAAGCGAGUUCAGUGUCGAGUUUGGGCGCUGAAGAUCCACGUCAGCGCGGUGCAUUUGCGAGAAAUGCAUAAAUGUACGAUUGACGGAUGUAACAUGAUGUUCAGUUCAAGGCGAAGUCGAAACCGUCACUCGGCUAACCCCAAUCCGAAACUGCAUUCAUCGUCGUCACGGAGAAACAGCCUUCCUCCUCCUGGUUGUCGCGCGUCCGUGUUGGAUCAACUUACCGAUCUUACCCUAAAUCUGAAC